AUGAACACGUAUUUGAAAAAGGUCCUUGGAGACGACUGUUUCACUAAAAUCCAGGCAUCACGCGUCUUGGUGGUGGGUGCUGGUGGAUUGGGCUGUGAGUUAUUGAAAGACCUUGUUUUAUCAGGGUACGGUGAGAUUCACAUUGUUGACUUGGACACCAUCACAUUGUCCAAUUUGAAUCGUCAAUUCUUGUUUCGCAAAACUGAUAUCGAUAAAUCAAAGUCGAUUACAGUGGCAAAAGCGGUGGAGUCAUUCAAUUAUCUCAGUACCAAGCUUGUGCCCCACCAUGGGAAUAUCAUGGACACCAAGCAAUUUCCCUUACAGUGGUGGCAACAAUUCAAUUACAUAUACAACGCGUUGGACAACAUCGAAGCCAGAAGCUAUGUCAAUUCAAUGUGCUUGUUAUUGAAAACUCCGUUUAUGGAGAGUGGGACUGAAGGAUACAAUGGUCAUGUACACCCCAUUUUACCAUACCACAGUUUUUGCUUUGAUUGUCUGACGCAUAGUACACCAAUGACGUACCCAGUUUGCACGAUUAGAUCAACACCUUCACUUCCCGUGCAUUGCAUUACAUGGGCCAAGGAGUUUUUGUUUUAUCAAUUGUUUGAUGAACAAGAGAGCAGUUUUAAUGAUUCAGAGGCGAUUUCCAAAGAGACAGAAAACGCUGCUGAGAUUGAAAACAUGGCCAAAGAGGCAAACGAGUUGGCAAAGUUGCGGUCAAAGAUUAAACACACCAACAAUUUUUUCCAAGACUUGAUAAACAAGAUUUACAAGGUAGAUAUUGAGCGUUUGUUGCAAAUUGAUGCAUUGUGGGAAACGCGAACACCACCGACGCCAUUGCAAUUACAAGAGUAUGAUGUAGUGGAGACCCCCCUUCUGGAUACAAAGGUUUGGUCAAUUACGGAAAACUUGUAUGCUUUAUAUGCAUCGAGUGCAAAUCUCCAGCGCCGAUUGCAAAAUGAAGAGUUUAUUUCAUUUGACAAGGACGAUGAUGAUACUAUGACGUUUGUCGCAGCUGCAUCUAAUCUACGAUCGUUUGUGUUUCACAUUGAGCUAAAGUCUAAAUUUGAUAUCAAAGAGAUAGCUGGUAAUAUCAUACCGGCAAUUGCCACCACUAAUGCAGUUAUAUCCGGUUUUGCCAGUGCAAUUGGCAUACAAUAUUUUCAAAACAAUGGGUCCCUUCAUAUGGUUCACACCACAAUGGCACCCAAAACAGCCAUUGUUUCUGCACCAGUUGGUCCUCCGAAUCCAGAAUGUCCCAGUUGUUCGGCAUAUCGUGAUGUGCUUUAUGUGAGCAAACACGAUUUUGACUCGUUAACGUUGGAAUGGCUUGUUGCUCAAUUGAAAUCCCUCUACCAAUCAGACAUCUCUAUCCAAGUCGGGCAAUCAAGGUUGAUUUAUGACAUUGAUUUUGAUGAUUAUCUCCAACUGAAGUUAAGUCAAGUUUCUGGACUAAACGAGGGUAUACUCGUACAGGACGACUCUGAAGGGUUGCAGAACAUAGUAUUGUACUUAGUGGUUGGCGAUGAAACUCGCUUCCCAAGUAUCACUCUCAAGAAGAAGCCCGUUAAAGAGGAGGUUGAAUCUGAUGGUGAUGAGCUGGCUUUUGAAUUGGUUGAGGGUGGAACCCCUGAUAAUGUAUCUGACGCAUCUGAUGUGGAGAUUGUGGAGCCACUGGCAAAGAGACAGCAUCAGUCACAGGAGCAUUAG